AUGGCCCAGCUAUCUGUUGGAUUUGUUAUAGUGUUGGCCUCUGAUUGCCUCAGUGCUGACAUUGCUAUUUUGACCCAUAUGGAUUGGAUGUUUCGUAUAUACGGGCAAGGAUUAACGAAUUGCCCAAUUUUCCCUUUGGAUGGCAGUUCUGCUUACUGCAACCAGGCCGGCAAUUCCAUAGCCCUUCCGUUCUUCAUGGCCUAUCUCCAUCUUAUGAGCAAGAUUUUUAUCAUUGGAGCAACUGGGUACCUUGGGAGGCACCUCGUUGAGGCCAGCGUUAAGCUUGGCCACCCUACUUUUGCUCUUGUAAGGCCUAUCACUGCCUCUCUCAACACCGAGAAGAUCAACCUCAUACAAUCUUUCAGGAACAACGGUGUCAAUAUCUUAUUUGGUGAAUUGAAUGAUCACAACUGGUUGGUGGAUGUAAUGAAGAAGGUUGAUAUAGUAAUCUCAGCAUUGGGCCAUGAACCCAGCACACAACUAGAGGACCAAACUCGCAUAAUAUCAGCCAUUAAAGAGGCAGGAAAUAUCAAGAGAUUCCUCCCAUCUGAGUUUGGAUAUGAUGUUGAGAGACUUCAAAUUUUGGAACCUGCAAAAAGCGUAUUAGCAAUAAAGGUUAAGAUAAGAGAAGUCAUUAGAAAGGAAGGUAUUCCCUUCACCUUCGUGUCAAGCAACUUUUGUUGCUCCUAUUUUCUUUCAAGACUUGGGCAGGUAGAAGCAACUGGAAUUCCUACUGAAACAGUUUUCAUCCUCGGAGAUGGGAACACUAAAGUUAUAUUUGUGGAUGAGCAUGAUAUGGCAACAUAUGCCAUCAAAGCAGCAGAUGAUGAAAGAACUCUAAACAAAAUCUUAUACAUAAGACCUUCUGCCAACAUAUGCUCCCUUAAUGAACUUGUUUCACUUUGGGAGGAGAAGAAAAGGACAACGCUCGAAAGGAUAUAUGUUUCUGAAGAAGAGGUCCUUAAUAAGAUAAAUGAAACUCCAGAGCCAUGGCCCUUCUUUUAUGCAAUUUCUCAUGCGGGCUUCAUUAAGGGAGAAACUACAAAUUUUGAUAUAGAUUCAUCAAUCGGAGUGGAGGCUUCUCAACUAUACACAGAUGUCAAAUACACUACUGUUGAAAAAUAUUUGAAUAGAUUUCUAUAA